AUGUCUGCUACCAACGUGGAGAAGGCCCCUGAGGCCGCCGCCGUCAAUGACGUUACCAACGCUCUGGCCAAUACUAGCAUUUCCAAGGCCGACGACAAGACCGAUGCCGAGUCGGUUUCCAUUCCCAAGAACCCCCGUACUGACAAGCCUGUUGGCUACGCCUUCGUUGAUCUCUCAACCCCCAGCGAGGCCGAGCGCGCCAUCAGCGAGCUGAGUGGCAAGGAGAUCUUGGAGCGCAAGGUCUCUGUCCAGCUCGCCCGCAAGCCGGAGUCGAACGCCGAUAAGAACGAGGCUGGUGAGGGAUCCGGAGGGGAGGGCUCUCGCCGCCGCCCCUCCGGCCGCGGUCGUGGCCGCGGACGUGGACGUGGAGGCCGUGCUGGUCGUGGCGGUCGUGCUGAGGGUGCCGAGGGUGCUGUCGCCACCGGCUCUGCCGAUGCCAGCGCUGCCCCUGUUGAGGCUCAGCCUCUGGCCGACAUCACUAACCAGGAGAGCGCCGAUCCUGAUGCCAAGAACCAGAACCGUCCUCAGAGGGAGCGCCGGGAGCGUGGACCCCCUGCGGACGGUGUUGCUUCGAAGACCAAGGUCAUGGUUGCGAACCUUCCUUACGAGCUCACCGAGGAGAAGUUGAAAGAGCUAUUUGCUCCUUAUGAGCCUCUUUCUGCCAAGAUUGCUCUCCGGCCCAUUCCCCGGUUCAUGAUCAAGAAGCUUCAGGCUCGCGGUGAGCAGCGCAAGGGCCGUGGCUUCGGCUUUGUUACUCUUGCGUCUGAGGAGUUGCAGCAGCAGGCUGUUACUGAGAUGAACGGAAAGGAGAUUGAGGGUCGCGAGAUCGCCGUCAAGGUGGCCAUCGACAGCCCCGACAAGACGGACGAGGCCCUUGCCAAGGCUGCCGAAGGUGAGGCUGCCACCAACGGUGGAGCUGAGGAGGCGGCUGUCGAGGCCACCCCCAGCGCCUAG